AUGUCCCAGCACCAGCACCCGGGAGACGAUGGACAGUCAGCUCCAGCAUCACCUACUGAAGGUGCCCAACGCGCUAGACUCUCCAAUAAUGAAGAGCCUGGAUUUGAGCUUAGGGGACUCAAUUUAUUCCUCUGGGUGGGACAGAACAAUCGAGGAGAGUACGAAGAUUGGAGGACCUUCCUCACAGCACUUAUCCUCAAAUCCUCAUGGCAAGAGGUCACAGCCUACGACGAGGACCCCCUACAAAACAUCCCGUCUAGCAGAGCAGACCUUCACGAGUCUGCUACCCUGGUUGCCCGGUUUUCGUCAUCGCGCAAGUUUAAGUCCGAAGAGGAAGUGGAAAGAAGAGAAAAGGUUGCGAAAGAGAUCCUUGAAGCAAUGGGGUUUGAAGAGAAACGCAGGUCAGCAAGUUUUCUGGAAAUUAAAUGGCAGAAGGAAUUGCCUAUCGAUAUUGCCAUGCUACUUGUGGCCGGUAAGGAGUUUUGGGAAAGGUUUGAGAAACCUACCGCGUCGGAGGCGGUGGCUCAAGCAACAACGGAGUUAGAGUUAGAAUCAGCGUCAGUUGCUGGUGAGGAGGGCGAGAAAUUGGGGCCUGCUUCUCUACACCAUCCAUCAUCAACGACAACAUGGCCGACUCUCAAGGAAUACAGCCUGCUUUCGACAUCAUUGUCAUCGUCAUCCACCACCACCACCUCCUCCUCCCCCUCCUCCUCCCCCUCUACCGAAUCUCUCACCCCCAAAACAAUCACCAUCUCCAUCCGCAACUUCAACCGUAUCGACAGAGCCACCUGGGACAGAUGGGACGCCUUCUGGGCUAAAGUGCGCCAAUCCGAGCGCUGGAGAACCGAAGCAGGUUACACGAUAACUCGCAACGACGGUGGGGAAACAUACCGGCUCACGCACUUCGCGAAAUGCGCCAGCCCUGAGGAGGCGGCAGCCAAGGCAAAGGGGGCGCUGGAGAUACUCCUCAAGGUAGGUGGGUUUUGUCGAGCCACCUCCAAAAUGGAGAUCGACGAAUGA